AUGUGUUGCAACUACUACAGAAACUCAUGUGGUAGCCUUGGUUAUGGCUGUGGCUACGGCUCCGGCUAUGGCUGCAGAUAUGGCUCCGGCUAUGGCUGCGGAUAUGGCUCCGGCUAUGGCUGCGGAUAUGGCUCCGGCUAUGGCUGCGGAUAUGGCUCCGGCUAUGGCUGCGGCUAUGGCUGCGGAUAUGGCUCCGGCUAUGGCUGCGGAUAUGGCUCCGGCUAUGGCUGCGGAUAUGGCUCCGGCUAUGGCUGCGGAUAUGGCUCUGGCUAUGGCUGUGGUUGGGGCUCGGGAUAUGGCUGUGGCUAUAGCUGUGACUACGGUUCCACAUAUGGCUGUGGAUAUGGGGCUGCAUACGGCUGUGGCUGCUGUACCUACUGA